GGUUGGGGUAAUUCAAGGGACACUCUUGGCUCUGAAAUUCAUGGGAAAAGACCAAGGUAGUUGUGGUGGUCACGUAGUAAAUAUAUCCUCGACAGCAGGGUUAGUGCCUACGCCUCUUGGACCUGUGUACUGUGCGUGUAAACAUGGCGUUGUGGGCUACACAAGAAGCAUGGGGAGCGAUGUCCAUUACCAACGCACAGGGGUGAAGGUAAGCGCCAUCUGUCCAUCGUUUGUUGACACACCCAUGGUUCGCCAGAUAGUACAACUCUCGGCAGUGCCUGAGGAAGCAGCCAAGUUUAUGAAAUCCAUGCAGCUGAUGGAGCCUACUUAUGUAGCGGAUGCUCUUGUGAAACUGUUGCAAGAUGGUAAAAACGGCGCCAUUUUAAAGGUUACGAAAACUGAAGGGUUUCAGUACGUGUAGCCCAUUUCCAACUUUUAUAUAUAUCUAUAAGUGUGGUUUUACUAAUACAAUAGUCUCACGAUUUUAUGCCAAAAUAACUUUUUUUGUUAGUUUCAUUUGAAGAAUUUGCUUUUAUUGUAGAAAAAAAUACAGAAUUGUUUUUCAGGGUUUCGCUUUUAAUCAGGUUAAUUUGCGGUAAUUGUAUGAUAAAAUGUAAUAUAUAUAUAUAUAUAUAUAUAUAUUACGCUAACGCCUUUUUAUUCGGGUAUCACUAAUAUAAAGAAAAUGAUCAUACAGUAGUUUGAGUUCAUCAUACUGAAGAUUAUAAACCAUUCUCGUUUAUCACUGUGGUCCAAAGAAUGACUUAACAGUUACACAAAACUCCGUCGUGGUCAUAUUAAUGAGCUAUGUUUUCAUCAUUAAAAUAAAAAGUAGUUUUUACGGCCAUAGCAUGGCCUGAAGUACUUACAAUUUUCAUUUUCUCGUAGUUCAGUAGGGGAUAAUCUUAGAGGACAACGUAGUUUUCUAGAGGGACACCCUGUUUUAUAUUAGCUAAGCCUCGUCUUAGUACGAACUAUUGUUAAAAACUAAACCAUAGUUCCAUGAUGUUCAUAUUACUUAAAACCCCGAUAAUUAUGAAUAAUUUAAUUAUCAUAGACUAUAUCGCUAAGACGGCCCACCCUUUGCUGUUAAAAGCCUAUUGAAAUUUGAACCGCGCCAUCUAGCGAGUGGCUUAAUGGAUAAUAUAGGAGAUGUAACAAUUGUUGGUAUAAACAGCGAGCAUAUUAUAUGUGUAUAAAUGGAAAAACUCUUCACAUGGCGACAGGACAUCUUUCUAUAAAAAACCUGCUUGCAAUGCUGCGGUUAGCCUGAUUACACUUUUCAGGCUCCCCCAGUGGCAUAGUAGUAUGUCUGUGGACUUAUACUACUAGAAACCGGGUUUCGAUACCCGUGGUGGGCAGAGCAGAGAUAGCCCUUUACGUAGCUUUGUGCUUAAUAACAAACAACAACACUUUUCGGGCUGACUGAACCGUCUUAGCGAUAUAACAUUUACAAUUUAAGUUUCUAGUGAAGCUCUAUAGAGCUGUGUAUUAAUAGUUUCGUUUCGAGUUUAAUUACUGAUUACACAGGCUUGCGAAUUUAAACUUCAUAAGAGAUGUUUUGGUUUUAA